CCUCAAGGUUUCUCCUGGGACUCUGGUUCAUAUUUUUUGAAGGGAGUAGAAAAGAAAGAGUGGAAACUUACCGCCAUGACAGGGAAAGAGGGAAUUGUGUUUUCAGACUCUGAGAACAAACAAAAAACAGCCUCGCACACCGGCGUUAACCACACGGGCUCCCAGCAGCUGGUCCCGGGGUGGAAGAUGGCCCCCGUGGUGCACCGGCGGACCGGCUUCGGGAUCCAGGAGCUGCUCGGCCUCAACAAGGAGCCGCCGGCGGCCCCGAGAAGACCACUCGAAGCUCUGCCGCACAGGGCGCACAUGUUGGCUGCCAGGUCGGCGCUCGGACACGGGGGUAUCGGAGUUGGGAUGGGUUUGCUGGGACCGGAGGGAAUACAUUCGUUUUACAGCCAGCCUGCGUUUUUGGAGGUGCUGUCAGAGGCGCAAAAUGUGCACCUGCAGCCGCUGCACAGGACGGCGCACAUGGACGUACAGAUGGAGACACAGCACUCCAACAGCUCCGAUUCGGACGACAUGAGUCCGUCCUCCUGUGAUCAGAAGUUCUCCAAGUCCUCCCUGAGUCAGAGCAAGAAGAGAAAGAAGAGGAGACACAGAACCAUUUUCACCUCCUAUCAGCUGGAGGAGCUGGAGAAAGCUUUUAAUGAAGCUCACUAUCCAGACGUGUACGCCCGAGAGAUGCUCUCCAUGAAAACUGAGCUACCAGAGGACAGAAUACAGGUGUGGUUUCAGAACCGAAGAGCUAAGUGGAGGAAGAGAGAGAAGUGUUGGGGUCGCAGCAGUGUCAUGGCAGAGUACGGCCUGUACGGAGCGAUGGUACGCCACUCCAUCCCACUGCCAGAGUCCAUCCUCAAGUCAGCCAAGGAGGGUGUCACCGACUCCUACGCCCCGUGGUUACUAGGUAUGCACAAGAAGUCAGUGGAAACUUCUCCUGGAAAACCCUGCAGCCUCACACCACCUUCACCUCAUUCAGCAGCAGCAGCAGCAGCAGCAGCAGCAGCAGCAGCAGCAGCAGCAGUAGAGGACAAACCAGAGGACAAUGUGAUGGAGGAAGAGACGGAGGAACAGAUGAAAGACUCACAGAUUUCUAAAGAGGAGCUGAGGGAGAACAGUAUCGCCGUGCUGCGAGCGAAGGCGCAGGAGCACAGUGCCAAGAUGCUCGGGACAGUUUCUGACAGAACAAACAGUCAGGGAGAACACAAAGAGGAGGCUGAGGACAAGGGGACGGAAAGGGACACAGAGGAGGUGAAGAAGAGGGACUGAAAGAGAGCACUGCAGGAUACAGAUGGAAGAAAUACCUGCAGAGAGGAGUUUGUGAACAUUUCACAGAGGCAGACAUCUUGUUUCAGUGGUUGAGUUGAAGCUUGGCACACGUGAAGACAGCCUGAUGAAAUUCUUCGAACCUGCAGAUCAAAUAUUGUAUUAUUUUAUCGUAAAAACAGGUUGUCAACCUCCACAGAUCUGUGACAUGGCAGCUACUUUACCCAACCAUAUGGAUUAAGAUGUUUGGAGGACUCAUGAGUAUCAAAAUGACUCCUCCCUACCUGCUCGAGAGGUGCUAAGAGGAGACAACUUUGACCUAUACCCCCCUCCCCCCCCUGUAAUUUCACCAUUGUAACUGAAAAGCCUUGUGAAAUGUUUCCAAGCCUCAAUCUUUGUUGUGUUUUUCCGCUGUCGCAGCUUUUAUGAUGUACAUACUGAAAAUAGACCCAUAGCAGAUGCUGUAUUAUAAUGUACAGUUCAUAUUAACUAUUUGUCUCUGUAUAAAUGUAACUGUAGCCUCAU